AUGCGCCCAGCCCUGCUUAGUAUCCGCUCUUACCUGCCGUGGGCCUCACUGCCCCUAGGCCUCACUGCAGACCUGAAUCACAGAUGGGGCUGCGUGUCGUAUUGCCUCGUUAUCGGCCUCCAGGAGUCUUACGAGGGCCUUGGAGGCUGUAGACCGCGCUCAUGGGAAUGCCUCCAACAUGGCGCCUACGGCCUCAUCGGCGAGGUGAUGGCGUCUUUGUAUUUGAGUUGCGGUGCUCGCAGUCAUGUUGGUAUCCGAAGCUCCUGUUGCCAAGGGCCACCGGGGAGAGACAAGCCGUCCCGCUCUUGUUGUUUGUUUGACUGUUCCAGCCUGGCCCGGCAUCGAAAAAGAGACAUGGGUGAUUGGGAUGCCAACGAUACGGAGGCCAACCCGGACUUCGAUGCUCACUUUUCUGAUCUCGCCAUGCCCACCGCCCCGAACACCGACACGCCUACGCUAUGGCCCGACCAAAACGCCUCGAUCGCCCCCCAGCCCACCCUGACUGGUUUUGGAGCCGCCCAGCCGCCAGACUUUACUGACCCUCUUGCGGCUCAGGUCAACGUCAACCCACCACCUCUCGAGUACGGUCAAUACCAUUAUGAUCCGGCAAGCCAGUCAUACUGGGCCCUAGACAGCGGCUCUGGCCAGCCGGGACCAUCGUCCGGUCCCCCUGCUCCCGACAUGCCUUUCGUGUGCGAUGAAGACGGUUGCACGAGAGCCUUCGAGCGUCAAUGCGAUCUCGACAAACACCAGAACAACCAUUUCAAACGUCGAAGGUGCGACAUCUGCGGCACAGGCGGUGCAGAGAACAAGGACCUCUUCCGACACAUGUGGACGCACCAUCCCGACGAAGCGAGAAGGCCGGCUACCACCGUAACUGAGCCAACUGGGUUGAAGCCGUAUAUGUUGGCCAGCCCGGCUCAUAUGACACGGUUGGGCGUCACCGAGCAAGACAUUGGGUUUGAUAGACUUCGACGGGGAUGCUGUCCGGGUCCGAGGACGUCUGGGACUCGGAAUUGUCCUCUGUACCUCAUGGUCGUACCCAUGGUUGAACAGGGAACGCAAGACAAGUCGUUCUUGUAUUUAGGGUUAUCUGCGUUACCAACGGCAGCAGGGUUCUCUGGCUAUAACCCAAAGCGCCCCCACCCCGUCUUUUCCUUCUCGACAGCCUUCCGCUCCACCACACUCGCCUGGACAUGCCGCCUCUGGAGGUUCGGUUCCGGCCUGAGGUACGUCGCCAGCCGGCGCGCCAUAUCCUCGUCCGUGAACCACCACUCACUUCCCGUCCCGCCCAGCCUUGGGAUUCUCAAACGUCUCAAACCGCCCCCAUUCCCCAAACCCCGUAUCAACCCGCUCCCUCAAACUACUCGUACUCUCAUCCUCAAUAUCCACGCCGAGACGGCCGUCCGCAAGACCGAGCUGGACAUCGAGUGGGUCUCGGCCGAGGUCGUCCUCGUCACCCGCAAGACGGAGCUCAAUCGCGAUGUCGAAAUCUUCUGCAUCGCAGCCACGCGUCGGACUGAACUCAGGACGAAGACCUCAAGCGCGAGGUGCAGAUUAAGCGCGCCUCCGCCGAGAUGGAACGUCUGCGCGCCAGCGACGUCGUCAAGGCCACCAUCGCGCGCGAGGCCUAGCAACAGGCCGCCUACGUGCACGCGUACGAGGUCGAGGCCGAGGCCAAGGCCUACUUCGAGAAGGAGAAGUAGCACUCUCGAGGCGGGCGUGUACCAGCCUGAAGAUCGACACGGACGCCGCCGUCUACAAGACCAAGCUGGACGCUGA